AGAAGAAAUGGGUAUUCCCCUUGAUUUCCUACUUUCAUUUUCACAGAAGAGGAAGGAAAAUGACUAACUUAAAAACAGGGAAUUAUUAUUUAUAAAGUAACAAAGUAUCAUGGAUGAUCACGGCAGAGGACGUUGGGUCAAAGUGAAAGCAACAUGGAAAGAAGUUCAUCGCCGAAGUAUCGAUCCGUCAUUAAGGUUAGAGGAUGUGAAACGGGACGUACAGACAUGGUUUCCAUUACUGGCAGACCAGGAGGUCAGUCUGGAUUUAGUCUAUCAAGAUGAUGAUGGAGACGAGGUAACUAUAGCGACAGAAGAAGAUUGGAGGGAGAUAUGUUCAAAUCUGUCAGAGCUAAAACUCAGCAUACGAGCUACACACAUUCGUAGACCGAAGGCAUCAUUUAGUGAAUCUACAAAGAGUGGCUACAGCACUGCGUCCGUUCUACGGAAUCUCUCCAACUCAGAUAACAAUCAAUUGACUAAUGGAACCCAGGUUAAGACUCGUGACUCUGGCAACAUGGAGUCUGAAGUGCCACAUCAAAUAUCUGGCAUUGUCACGCAGGCAAGUGAUGACAUUUUCCAGCGGAAUGGAAAUCAAGAAGAUGUGUCCUCCUCUGGCAUGAGUCCCAGACCAGAACAUGCACAGUCAAACUUUUCCUUCUCGAAUGGACAAGUCCAAUCAAGUGACGAAGACGAGGUUUACUGGCCUCCCACGUCAGGUGACACGUUGGACCAGGUCAAGGUCAAGAGAUGUCCAAACCCUGACAACGUGGACAGCAGGGCUCGGGAUCCAGCUAAUUCCUAUCACAGUGAUACCAAAGGCAGAGUAAUCAUAUUUAACAACAAGAAGUUCACAUCAGAACCAGAUAUCCAGGGAGAUUUUGAUACCACAUGUUUGUCUUUGUUAUUCAAGGACCUUAAAUAUGAUGUCUGCUCCUACACAAAUCAAUCUGCACAGCAAAUGCGUGAGAAGUUGGAGAAAGAAAAAGCGGUUCUGGCGAAAACAAAGUACAGUUGUUAUAUUGUCUUCAUCCUGACUCACUGUGAUCCGAAAACAAAAACCCUGUCUGGGAGCAAAGGGGACACAAUUCCACUGGACGAAAUCACAGGUCGUCUGAAAGAAGAGGAUGCACUGAAGGGGGUUCCCAAGCUGGUGUUUAUUGAUGGUGUGAAGCAUGACUUCCAGGAAAGUGUGCCGAAGCUUGGUAAUGUACCCUCUAGUAAUGCAUUAAAGAUGCCUGUCACCACGGGGGUAGAUAGACCUUGGACAGCACAAGGAGUAGACAGUACAGAUUCUUGUCCAUCAAACAACAUGGAUGACUUUUACAUAUACAUGGCGGGAACACUGGGUGAAGGAAAUCCCACCUACAAGGGUUCCUUAAUGCUCCAGGCAUUGGUGAAAGUGUUCUGUACCUACAUGUACAGGGACAGUCUCAGUGAAAUGAUGGUCAAGGUUGAGCGACUAAUGGAAGACGCUCGAACCAAAACCAUCAGAUUUCGGAUGCCCCAACAGACAACUGACACAUUGAAAAAGGACCUAUAUUUCCAUGUGAAUGAAUGAAGUGCAUUGGAGCCUUUGGUUGGAGAUUAAAUACAGUUCAUGAUGUGGAUAAAUUUUCCUCGUACAAGGUUAUAUUUUUUACAGUGAGGGGAAUACCAUUUGUUUAGGAUGAAAUUUCCUCCCAAGUGUAUAUAUCCCCCAUCCUUGAGAAUUUGGGGGAGUACUAGUAUAUCCACAAUCCUUGGGAACUUCCAGGGGUGCUAGCAAUUAAAAUAUUCCUGGCAAAGACAUACCUAUUUGAGAUGCAACCAGUGAAUUAAGUAACUCUUUAUUAAGCUGUGUUUGGUUAUUUAACCAUUUUAUUAUUAUUUUUUCACAAUAUGACCAGACUGUUAUGCAUGAAUUAUGACUUUCAUGAAUGAAACAGUCAACAAUAUUCAAUUAUAUCAAUUAAUGGUCACAUGUUUUUAGGGAAAUUUCAUUCUGUAUAAAUAUACACAUCAAACAUGUUUUUGUUUUAUUAUUGAUGUUUUAACUACUGGAAUGAAUUGAUAAACUUCAAACUGAUGGAGAAUAUUCUUGUGUAUUAUGUCAUCAUUUGUUGUGUUCUAAUUUUAAGGCAACAAAAUAAUGAAUAACCAAACUUGAAUUCAUCAGAUGUGCCCGAGAAUUAACAGUAAAAAAUCAUGUACACAGACAUGAUAAUAUUCAUGCUGUUUGAACAAUGCAAAAACAAAGGUUUGUUCGUAUUUUGACACAGACACAUAUUGUAUGCUAGUUUGUCAAUCCUCCAGUGAAUGCCAUUUUCACGGCAUGUAUAACAUGCAAUUACAAAACACACCAAACAAACAAAUGACAUCUUUUAUUUAUAGCAGCAAGUUUUGAUUGUCAAAAUUUGGACUAAUCAAAACACUUUGGUAGAACCCAUAAUAGUGCACAAAUGAAUAAAUCUAAAAUAAUAAAACUGCCCCCCAGAUAAUUUGCACUACGAAGUAAGUGAAUCAAGAAGACUAUACCAUAUAUUUUUGUUAAUUAAGAAAACAUGAAUGUAAAAUAGGUUGUAUAUCAUUAUCUGUUUUAUUAUAUAAAUAUAUAAAUUUCCGUCUAUAUAUACGGUUCUUUGUUAUAAAAACCUUUUUCCUUCUUCGUUUUGUUAAUGUGUCACCCAUUUCAGUGUGUGUUUUUGUAUGAAAGUGAAGGCCAUGUGAGGAGGGUUUUUUUCUAAAAAUUAAUCUCACCCUAGUUUUACAUUUAUUUUUGCUUCAAAAGCAUGUUUUUUUCACUUAGUAACUGAAAAACCAUUGAACUGAUUGUUAUGACCUAUUGGAACGAAUUAUUAAUUGUCCACACCUGGAUAAAAUAUUAAUCUUGCUAUAUUUUAUAAAUCAUAAAAACAAUUUAUUCUAACCUAUUCUUGUACAGAAUUGCAUAAUCUGAACUUACCUUAAAUUUUGGGAAUACAUCAUACAUGUAACCUUUUAAUGCGCAUAUUGAUAUCUUGUUUAUUCAUUAAUACCAUGUCCUAUAUUUUACAGAUAUUGUAUAUCGGGUAUUUUUCUUUAAUGUCUAACUUUCGCGAGACGUUGAAAUCGAGAAAAAUAGAUUGUAAACUUUUUAUCACUUUCCACAAGAUGUUACAUCCCUUGAUGCAAUCGGGCAAGAAAAAAGUUAACGACUACAUAUACUCGCAUAUCGGAUUUAUGGAAAAGACAUAUUACCUAAAACAACUGACCGGUUUCCUUUUUGCCAAUGAAUAAGACGGAGAAGGAAAAGCCCACUAAAGGUCAUUUAUAUACGUGAGUUUAAAAGUCAAACGGAAAAAAUAUCAUACCGUUAUAUGUACCUGAUCCCAUGGUGAUUAAAUAUAUAUAUAAAAGCAAAAAAAAAUGGUAAAUAAUCAAAAAUCGUAUUUCAGUCAAAAAGUAGUUAUUUAAGGAUUGAAUUAUGUUUUGUUGAGGUUUAUGGGGUAUUUUGAUGGACUACGAACUGAAUAAUAAUUAUAUCGAGUUCAAGUUCAGUAGAGAUGUAAGUAUAUGUCUAUUGAUCCUUUAAGCUCUCUCACCAUGGAGGUUAUUGCUGUAUAUUUUAUGGGUUAAAAAAGCUCUGUUACAAAACAAAAAAAGAAUAUAUACUUUCAACUAAUCGUUGAUAUAAUUUCAUGAAAUGUAGAUAUAUUUUACAUCUUAAUAUCAAAAACUCUAGUUAAAUUAAAGAAUGAUUUAAAGACCGAACUUUUUACGUCUGCAUUUUAAGCUCUUUUUCGCAGACGUCAACAUAUACUACCCUAUAUAUCAAAAUAUGUCUUUUUACCUGAUGUAAAAUGCUAAUUUGUCGUAUGAACAGCAUAUUUUUUUGGAUCAAAGAACUGCUUCACAAAGUUAUUAUGUGUAUACGUUCAAAACAGUUGGACCAGAGUUGUUCAUUUAAAGCAGCAUUAUCGGUAUCUUUGUGCUCAUUUUUGUUCUUGUAUUCCAGGAAAGAAACUUAUGACAUACAUAGGUCAAACAGUUUAACUAAUGCUAGGGAAGUCAGGUACUCCAUAUAUAUAUAUAUAUGUUUAAAAAACCAAACAAAAGCAAAAGGUACCAUACCCACCUAUCUUCGUAUUUAAUAUGUAUAUAAAAUAGUUUUUGCUGAUUUAGAAGCAAUACUUCUUGAACAUAGACUUGAUGUUUAGUCAUGAGACGCCAAUCAUGCUUUUAAUGAUUGAAAUAUUAGUGUGAUGUGCAGGUUUAAAAAAAGUGCCAUGUUUUAAGUCCAGUUAAUUUCUGUUCUCUUAAAUGAAUUUAAACAUUUACUUACUUUCAUUUGCGUUAUACUUACAUCUGAUAAUGUAAGAUAUGUUGAACUUUAAUUAAGCAAUGAAUAUUUUAGCAAAUGUUGUUAUGGUCCUAUAACACACAUUGCUAUUGAUGACAAAACCUAAUAAAGCCCGGCUAGGUUUUAUGUAAGUUUAAAGUUUGUCAGCAAUAGAAAUGUGUGCUAUAGGACCAUACCAAUAUUUGCUAAAAUAUUCAUUAUUUAUGUUUACA